AUGGCACCACCCAGCGGUGAAGCCUCCUAUAAAAAGCAGGCGGGCGUCUUGGCCAUUUCAAAAGAUAGAAAAUCGGUUUCAUGGAGUCCGGCGCAACCCCCCGACUCGGCUCCUACCCUGGUGAUAUCAGCAGUAAACGUGACCAAUCUACAGCAGACUCCAGAAUCUAGUGCGAAAGUGAUGCUGAAAAUCUUUGCUCAAGAUCCAGGUCAAUCUGAGGCAGCAGCACAUGUUUUCACCUUCACCUCACGAAGCGACCCUCGAAGCGAAGCAAAUUCAAUCAAGGACGCCCUUGCCAAUGUGAUCCAGGCCCAAAAAGCCGCACAAAAUGCAACUGCCGAAACGACUGGCGGUCAGUCCGCUGCUAUGACCAUAGCGCACGCCGUUGCAGGCGGAACUAAGACUGCGAAUUCAUGGGAGGACGAUGAGCGCUUAAAGUCGGAUGUCAAAUUACAACAAUCUCUCAUGCAGCAAGAUCCCGAAUUGCAGCGAACCUUCAUGGAAGCUCUGAGUUUGAAGCCAGAAACGAUAUCCAACAUGCAAUUCACAGCUCAAUUCUGGUCCUCUCGAGUUCAAUUGCUCAGGGCACACGCGAUUGCUCAAAGCCAGGGAAGGGGCAAAUAUAACGUUUUCUCCGAACUACGCCGUGAGGAUGGAGGCACCAAGCUCAGUCUUACGGGAGAUCAUGUUCGUGCUAUAUUCGAACAGUAUCCUGUCAUGCGCAUUAUCUACGACGAGGUUGUCCCCGACAAGUGUAAGUCGGAAACGGAGUUCUGGUCGCGCUUCUUCCAAAGUCAGCUCUUCAUGAAACUACGGGGCUUGAAAUUUGAUCCAGCUAGAGAAUCUAGAGACAAAUAUCUGGAUACGGAAGAAUUUCUGAACCAUCCAGAAUUGACAGGACUUCGGCCCACAUCUUCCGAGCUACAUAUUCCCAAAUUCAUCGAUUUAGAAGGCAAUGAGGAAAAUCACAGCCGGCGGCAGGGAAAUAGGCCCGACAACGAACUGCGCGCCACAGUUCUUGACAAAGCACCGAUAAUACGCAAGUUGAACGCCCUUUCUGAAAAGCUUAUGGCCACUGUCCGUCCAUCAGAUGUCGAUGCCUCUGCUCCAAUUGGGAUGACCGAGGCUGAAUACGACCGACUUCGCUUGCGGGACCUUGAAGGCGACCCCGAACAACAACGUAUCAUCUUGAAUAUCCGUGAUCAAAGCCGUUUCUUUGGGGAAAAUCGUGAUCGGCAAAAUGGUGAAGCCACCACAGACCUCAAUCCUUUCCGCAACAUCGACCCCUCCAAAGCUAUCAAGGAGGUCCACAAGGACAUCUCCUCCCAUUUUCCACAGCCAGGAACGGGCGUUAUUCCGAUCGACCCUUUUGAGGGCGAAGAUGAAGAAAUGCAAGAUAAUGAAGAUUCCCAAGCUGAAACCGGCUCAUCGAUAGCUAUGAAUCAUAUUCUCUCCCUUGUUCAAGCGCACCGCGACCAAACAUCCGAGAUCCCCGAAGCAUCAGGCCUCAGUACAGCGAUCUAUGACCGUCUAACGCUCACGCACGCCACAACCAUUGAAUUCUUGCGCCAAUUUUGGAACGCAUUUCUGUCAGGCGACGCAUCGCGCGCCAACGAAGUAUCCUCGCUGGUCGACAGUCUCAACCGGGCCCUCGACCGUAUCAACGUCAUCGCUCAGGACGCCGAGAAGGAGCGUCAGGCACACAUCAAAUCCCAGGAGAGAGCGAUCGAAGAGAGGUUUAGGAAAACCGGAAAGAGACACAGGAUCGACCAUCGUCAGAUACGCGGAGGUGGGAAAGUCGUGCGACAUCUCCUCGGUCCAAUCAUCAAGAGUCUGGCCAAUGCUGUUGCGAGGUAUAAGCAGGCCUUUGAGGAGCAGACAAGUCACGCCAGCGCCGAAGGUUGA